CACGGCGCUCAGUCUCGACCGAACAGCCGGUCGGUUAAGCUCGGAGGCGAGGUUAGUCGGUUAGUCGCAACGGUGGUUCGCUGGUUGACCGUUGGACCGGUCAGUUGGCUCGUCGACUCGUCCGCGUCUCGCGCGUCUCGCGCGUCUCGCGCGCCUCGCGCGCCGGCACGUCGACAUUCCAGGGGUAGUUGUUCUCGUUGUUCCCGUCCGCUCGGUUCACGUUGCGACAGUCGAAGCGCCAUCGUAGGAUUUCUUCGACAAGGGGACACCUCGAAACCGAUGGGGGAUGACGUUCGAUGGACGAAAAGGUCCAACGGGUCGCGUCGCCGAGGAACGCCGGCAAGCGAGGCGGCGACGCAACGAUCUUCGACGUUAACCGGUGGAAAGGCGGCGAUGGCGACGACCUAGACGACCCGGACGACGUAGAUGCAACCGUGGCGAACGACCAGUUAACGCGGACGGCCGCGAAUUCGCUCGGAAUCUUCGACGUGUCGCCGUUUCAUCGGUCCCAUCGCGUGCAACAUGUUCGGGACGAAACUGCGCACCUGGAUGGAGGCGCAUAUCGUGCGAUCGAAAAAGAAAAAGGACCGGAAGAAAGGGGAGAAAGGGUUCGACUCGAACUGCAACUCUCCGAGAAAUCGAAGCGCCAACAGAUCACCCUGCUUACAUCAGGUACACCCGGCGGAAUCGCCGGGAAAAACGGUGGACGGCAUUCGAUUGCACGGAGGCGGAAGCUACGCGACCGCUUCAGCCUCUUCCGGCACUUCCGCCGGCACCGGCAGCGUGAAUCUGUCCUCCCCGGAAAGUGCCUACAGUACCGGAUACUCGACGGACGGCACUUCGCCCGGAACCAGUUUCCCGCCGGAAUAUUACAUCAACAUCAGGACUGGUACGCACUACUUUCAGAGCAGCGGCAAUAACGGCCGACCGAAGAGAUCGACGGACACGGGGGAGCUGUCGGCCGGUUCCUAUUCGGGCUCCUGUUCCGGUUCCGCCUCCGGUUCCGGUUCCGGUCCCGGUCCCGCUCCAGGUUUAGGUUCAAGUUCGGGUUCGGGCACCGGUACAGCUCUCCUCGCCGGGCAUGGGAUCCUCGAAGCGGCGGCUUGCCUCGCGGGCAUGACCAGGAACGAGAAUCGUUCGACGAAUGCUCGAGGGAUCAACGCUACGAUCAAGGCACGUAUACGCGGAUUCGGAUCCGAGCCGAGAAUCCGUUUAGUCGCGUUUCCCUAUAAUUUUCGGAAACUCUCUCUUCGGAAACACGAGCAGAUCGGCGACCGUCUGGGCAGCGAAGAGUCGAGGGAGGAACAGUCGCAGCGAGCACACGCGCACCAGGACACCUACCAUCGGCGAACCGAGUCCUUCUCCGGCGACUCGGCCAAGGGAAGCUUGGCUGUGCCGUCCUCGAUACCGCCACCGCUCGUGGUCUCGCCCUCGGUCCAGUCGCCUCGGGAACGCUCUCGUAUACGCACCAACCCAUGGCUCUCGGCCAACUCGUCGGGAUCCAGCAACGCCGGCGGCGUCUGCGCCGGUGUCUGCGGCACCGUCUGCGGCGCCCUCAAGUCCAGACUGAUUCUCGACGACCCGAGCGGCGCCGGUUCGGCUCUGAAACUCGCGGAAUCUUCCGGGAGCGCGAGCGACGUGAACGUGAACAGCUCGCGAGGGGGGCGAGCUAAAAAGGAGUUGAAGCAGGAGAGUCUCAGCGCCGGGAGAAGCCCCAUCAACCAGAAUUGGAGAAUCGCGUCGGGCAUGGAGAUUCGAUCGAAAAUGGCUCUGUCGAUGCAACCGCGCAGCAACAGCAGCAGCAGCAGCCGGAGCAGUACCAGUAGCAGCAACGGCAACACCAACAGCGGCAGUAUCGGAAGCGGAAGCGGAAGCGGAAGCGGCAGCGGCAGCCGGGGUAGCGCCGACUGCAACGGCAACGAGAACGAACGCGAAAACGAAAUCGGAACCCGGCCCGGCCGGAGACACGGCCACGAAAAUCGAACCUACAACGGCUCCUCCGCGUCCUCGGUGACGCGGAGCGUCCGCUCCUCGGAGGACGAUAUCACGCUGAACGAAAUGAUGGGGAAGUUCGACGAAAGUUACAUCUACGAGAAGGAGACGGAUAUCUUGUCCGACAGCGACCCCACGGAUUGCGAGGACUGCAUAGACUCGUUGUCCGACAUCGAGACCACCCGUGUCGUCGGCGAGGACAACGAUUCCUUGGAGAACAACGAGUUCGAUUACAUCGACAACGGCUCCUUUCUCGACCUCGACAAUCUCGAUUGCUCCGGACGAUUUCCCAACACCGGUCACUGCACCUACUUCGCGUUCACCGACGAGCUGGCUCGACGAACCACCAAACUGCGGGAAUCGUUGACGAAAAGAAGGAACAAGGAGGACGCGAACACCGUUCUUCAGAGAAUCGCCAGCGCGAAGAACAUCCCCGUGAAGCGACAGAGCGGCCGUCAACCCAAAAAGUCCGAGGAGAAGCAGCAGACCGAGAAACGCAAAAGACGGAUUUCUCAACGGAGGAAGUCCACCGCUGCGGACAGAUGCGACGACGAAACGGCGAAUUUGAAUCGCGCCCUGCUAGAGAGAAUACUCUUGAAGAAUUCGGGUUUCAAUCAGCAGGGCAGCAGAAGCGUCGGCGGCACGCCGAUAUGCUUGCGUCGCAAGAAGCACGACGUCAACAAAAAUCUGUCACCGAUCAGGGUAAAUGGUACGGAAAUAUUUACGGGUCGUCCCAAUGGCGCGGGCACAGCCGCGAUUGCUGGUGCCGCCGGUGGCACGGCUAUCGGCCUCGGUACCGACCUCGAGAUCCUCAAGAGGCGUUCGAAUUCGGUGAGCUACGUGAACGGCCACUCGAUGGUCGGUCAGAAGAUCGGAUCGCCGGGGAGCACCUACAUGACCGCGUUCGCCUCCGAGAUCGCUCUCAUCGAGGCGGACAAGGAGGCGGAUAAAAAGUAUCGCGAGCUCAUUCUCGAGGCGGAGAACAUCUUGGUGAACAUGCAGAAGAGCCAAAGCAACGCGUUGCCCGUCGUUCCAUCGCCGUCGCGAAAGUUUCACAACGGCCUAGCCAACAAACGCGUCGAACUGAUCAAGAACACCGAGCUGAACAUCGAGCUGGCCCUCUCCAAGAGCAGAAACUCGCAGCCGGAACUGCAGAGCGGCAGCAUUCGGGACCUGGAGCACACCAGCCCGAAGAGGCAGUUCGCGCAACCCUGCUCUCCGAUUCGCCGAUUCGUCGAGCGGAACGAUCCGGCGAGCAAUUUGUCCGUCUUUUUCAGGCCCGAAACGCCGGUGAAAUCCUUUGCCGGGGAUUCUUCGAUGGCGCCGAGACAGGCGUCGCAGCUGCAUUCGCCCGGUAAAACCGUCUUUCGAUCCGUCGAUCGCGAGCUGGAUCCGAACGCGGAAGCGAACGCGGAAGCGAACGCGGAAGCGAAUGCGAAUGCGAGAACGGGCACGGAUGCGAACGCGGGUACCAAAGCGGAUUCGGCUCCGAAAUCGGAACAGGAUUCGCAGCCGAGAAGCGGUCAGUCGUCCCAAGCCGCGCCGUUGAACUGCAACGGCGUUCGGCGAGUGUCGCCGGAUUCGGAAGUUCCUUUGGCGACGACGAUCCGGUCCGAGAUUCGUUUGCAGAACAGAUCUCGCAUCGUUUUCCCACGCAGAGACGCGACAGACAUCGUUCGGUCGUCGAGUCUGCCGAGCAAGGAGGAAUGCGUCGCUUCGAGCUCCUCGGAUUCGCGCAAAACGUUCGUUCGUUUUCGUUCUCGUAGGUCCGUCGAUAUGGGACCCACGAAAGAAGGAUCCUUCUAUUGCCCGCAGAGCGAGCCGGUCAAGAGGAAAGUGUACGCGGGUAGCUCGACGUACGGCAGAAUACAGAAAACCCUGGGAGAACACGUGGCUUUGAGAAAUUCGGACGGCGACACGACGACCGACGACACCGACGAUUCGAGAAGAUCGUUGAAGGAAAAGGUUGCGCAGCUUCGCCGGAAACGGUUGGCCACCACCGAUGCUCAAGACUCGCAGAUCCUUCAGCAGCAAAUGUCGCAACUUCGGAGGCAGAUGCUGAUGCACACGAUAGAAGGGUUGAAACGAAGUCUCGAGGAUCAGUCCGCGACUCUGAAGCAAACCUGCCUGGAACCAGUGCUGUCCGAGCAGUUGCCGUGAACCGAAUGCCAGAGAAAAGAAUCGAUUUUCGGUGGGUCGCGUCCCGUCGCGAGCAAUACGUCUGCGGUCGUCGGUGAAAUGCCUUUCCCACUCGUACGCGCCAUUUCUAUCUACCAAAGUGUGGAAAUUCGAUUUUCCAUUUCCAUUAUCCGUUAGGAGGCAAUCGAUACAUAGUAUUAUAUUUUUCUGUCCGCGUCUACGCAGUAAGAGAAUCAAAAUUAAGAAGGUCGCAUAUUUUCUGGGCAUUGUUCUCUCGCGUGUUUAGUUGGACGCGCGGAACUGUUUUCGAACGAACGCUCCAAGGAACCGUGGACCGUGGACCGUGGACCGUGGACCGUGGACCGUGGACCGUGGACCGUGAACCGUGAACCGUGAACCGUGAACCCUGAACGUUAUAUUCUCGAUGAUUGAGAGAGGCCCGAAUUGGACGGUUGACGCGUUCUUACUCGCAUUUCGCAAUGUUCCUAUUUCUACGCGUAACUCGUAUUUCCGGAGCGAACAGACUCGAGCGACGGACUAAAGGCGAAACGUUGUCGUCGGCUCGGCCGGCGGAAUGAACAUUUCCCGUUAGUAUACCAAAGAUAAUGUUAGUCCUAGCAUGGUAGCAGGAUAGAACCCGUUUAGUUGGAGCAACGCUAGCAACCAGCACACGAUACGCAUCGAUUCGUAAAAUUAGAGAGCUCGUUGAGAUAUUUUCCCCCGAAUUUCUUCGUAGAGGAAUUCGUGCGCGCGCGAGACGCAUUAGAGGAUUUUCAGUCGCGGUGAUUCUUUUGCGAGAAUAGACUGAUAGCAUUACCCCGAGAUCAUUCGCCCGACGGGCGAUUUAUACGUUAAUAGCUCUUUCGAAACGACAGAUAGUAAUACGCACACGAUAUUUAUUUGUGUUAGAUGUUAGAGGCCGUAGUAAAGGAAAUAUUAGAGAAGGAUAGCGAUAGCGACGAUUAGUAACGCUAGAUAGCACAUUAUCGAUUAUAGAGUUUCGUGAUAUCGUUUCUCCGAGUCGUCCCUUGUGAUUUAUUUCCGCGUUUUGUUGGAAACUGUGAUCGCAACGUCUUCGGCCAACUUUAGAUACAAAUGUACGCCGUAACGCCGUAACGCCAUAACGCGCGGGAAACGCCUUCCUUCCGUCUGACGGUGGCGCCGCCAAGGCUCAGGUGAAUUUAUUCGCAACAUUUUAUACUCGAUAUGCGUGUAUGUACAUAUUUAGUUUUCGACCGAACGAACGUCUACUUUUUAUUACCGUAAGUGAACGCGAAUUACGAUUAUUCCGGUUUUCGUUGCUUUAGCUGAUCACACACGUUGUAUCUGAGACACAUUCCGAAGGCGUGGAGAGUGUGAUGGAAAAGCGGAGAAAAACCGGUAGCCAAGCUACGCGGAACGCUUUGUCCAAAGUCUUCGACUCUAGGACGAGUCGAGAAGUCGAAAACUCGAGAAAUAGAGAAAUAGGAUCGUAUUCGCAAAUGGACGGACAACAAUGUCAACUUUUCUUCUCUGCCAAGAUACAAUGCUAGUCACCCGGUUGGUUACUCGUACGGGCAAGGUACGAUCGGCAACUCGAAGCGAAUUUAUUGUGAUGGAGGUGCGAAAUUAUUGUUGCAUAUUUUCUGUCUACCAAGCCAUUUAUUCGAUUAAAUGGUCCUUUUUUAUAUGAUUACGAAUAAAUUAUAUUAUGUCGUUGGAAA